AUGGACAAAGCUGCUAUUAGAAUUGGCUGGAUUGGAACAGGAGUCAUGGGCAAAUCCAUGUGUGGUCACUUAUUAAAGCACGGCUACAAACUCUCUAUUUACACUAGAACUGCCAGCAAGGCUGAUGAAUUGAUCUAGAAUGGAGCUGAGUUUAAGGAGCCCAGUGAUUUGGCUGCCAACUCAGAUGUGUUAUUCUUAAUGCUUGGCUACCCACAUGAUGUCGAGCAAGUCGUCUUGGAUGAGAAAACUGGUAUCCUUUAGCACAUGAAGGAGGGAUCAGUCUUGAUUGACCACACUACUAGUAGUCCAGGUCUGGCAGAGAAAAUUUUCCAAGCCGCUAAGCUAAGAGGAGUUAGAUCUCUUGAUGCUCCAGUGAGUGGUGGAGAUAUCGGUGCUAGAAAUGGAGCUUUAGUUACUAUGGUUGGAGGAGAGAAAGAGGCUGUUGAGCAAACUCACGACAUCCUCAAGUGCUUCUCUGCUGAGGUCUAGCACAUGGGUGCAGCUGGUGCUGGCCAACACACAAAAAUGGCAAACUAGAUCAUGAUCGCUAACACUAUGGUUGGUACCUGCGAGGCUUUAAUCUAUGGUCACAAAGCAGGAUUGGAUCUAAAUCAAAUGAUCUUACUAUUGAGCAAGGGUGCUGCUGGAAGUUUCUCACUAGAGAAGCUCGCUCCAAGAAUGCUCAGAAGAGACUUUGAACCAGGGUUCUAUGUUGAGCACUUCAUCAAGGAUCUCGGUAUUGCUCUCGAGGAAGCCAGAAGAAUGAAACUUGGUUUACCAGGUCUUGCCCUAGCUUCGUAAUUCUAUCAGGCUCUUGGUGCUUAAGGCUUUGAGAGAAAGGGAACUCAAGCUCUCUUGCUUGCUCUUGAAUCUUUCAACGGCACUCAAAUCAGAAAGUACGACAUUUGA